UUUUUUACUUUCUUCGCACUUAAACCUUCGUCACCAUCAACAUGCUGAAAGUCUUUGGCAUCCUACUGGUUACUUUUUUGUGCACCUUCACCAAUGUUUCUUCAGGCCAGUGUCCAAAGUUUAACAAAUCGAGCACACUUGCGGGAAAAUUGAGAGUGGUGGCUUAUUCGCCACAUAAUGAGAAAAAGGAUAACACUUUAUAUUGUUUGUCCGAAGAAUUUCCACCCAAGCGACCUGGGGGAAGCUCUUUAAUUGGGCAAAUUGUGGACAGCGAUAAUUCGAACUAUAUAGUAUAUGCCAAUUGCUUGGAUUUGAACUCGUUCUACAUGAUCACUACAAAGACCUAUUCGAAGAAGAACUCGUUGACUGCGGAAGAGCUCCAGCAGGUUAAGGAUAUACAUAAGAAAAAUGGUUUUAAAAAACCCAUUUUUACGUGUUGGUAAGCUAAGCUGAAGCUAAAGCUCAACCGGAAAAUAUCAAAAUGCAUUUUAAUAGACAAUAUUUACAUUGUUGUGUAGCGUUUCAAAUAAAACAAUGAAAACAAA